ACAAUAUAUUGUUGGACUGAAGUAUACCACUUCCAAGUGUUGGGUAAAAGAAGUUGAAUUUUGCAACUAUGGAUGAACAAAUCCCAACAUUUUUAGCAGUCACGGGGGUAGAAGAUGAGGCAAUUGCUAAGCAAUUCUUGGAGGCAACCGGUGGAGAUUUAGAGUAUGCUGUGCAAUUGUAUAUGGAACAAGGCCAGCAUAACACAACUGCUACUAGUAGUAAUGCUAUUCCAAAUGAAACUACCCCUGGAUCUGAUGAAGAAUUAGCUAAACGAUUACAAGAAGAAGCUUAUGCUCAAGGGGAACAAGUUAGAGAAGCAGAUGCGAACAUUCACAGGCAUGAGACAUUAGUGGACUCAUUGGGUGGAGGAUUCCAUCCUGGCAUGGCCAAUUUCACCAGACCAAGUGAUAUAUUUGGUCAAAGGCAACAAGGUAUAUUCCAUCAACAAUUCAAUUUUGAUAACCGGUUUGAAGAAUUGGAAGACGACGAGGAGGAAGAUCAUGAUUAUUAUGAUGCUCACGAUGACGAGGACGAUAUAGAAAUACUUGACGAUGACUCCGAUGAGGAAGCUAGACCAGUCAGCAGAAGAAGAAGACUUAGAGAAUCAAGAGAUCAAGAAUUAACCUCAACUCAAAGAAGAUUGGCUGCAUUGUUUAGACCUCCAUUUGAUAUCAUCACCGUGGCAAAUCUUGACAUGGCAAAACAACAAGGUAAAGAAACUUCCAAAUGGAUUUUAAUAAACAUUCAAGACUCUCUGGAAUUUCAAUCACAAGUUAUGAAUCGAGAUUUCUGGUCCAAUGAACAUGUUAAACAAGUAGUCAAGGAAUUUUUUAUCUUUUUGCAAUAUCAACGAGACUCUCCAAAUGGUGAAACUUAUGUAAAUUUUUACCAUGCAGAUGCAUUCCCUCAUUUAGCUAUAUUGGAUCCAUUGACUGGGGAAAGAGUGUACAAAUGGCAAGACGGAGAAGUUCCUAAAGUAGAUGAAUGGUUAUCUCAAGUUGACGACUUCUUAAAUAAAUUUUCCUUAUUACCCGAUUCACGAAACCCAUUAGUUACCCAUGACGUUAAAAUUGAUCCUGACAGUUUAACCGAAGAACAACAAAUUGAGUUAGCUAUGAAACAAUCAAUGUUGGAAAGUGCGGGGAAUACUGAAAAUGAUGCCAUUAUUCUUGAUAGUGACGAGGAAGCAUUUGCCGAAGCACCAGAAACUCCGCCACCUGCAACUCCACAAGAUCCAUUUGAAGCAAUUCAACCAAUUAAUCAUGCAGAACCUGAUGCACAACCAUUCACUCGAGUCCAAAUAAGAUUCCCCAACGGGAAGAGAUUAGUACGAAAAUUAAACCCUUCAGAUACAAUCCAAAGUUUAUUUGAAUGGUUGAAAUACGUAUUACAACAGCAAGGAGAGGAAUUUGGAAUUUCCUCAGAAGAUAAAUUUAAUUUGUCCAACAGUUCAAACAAAUCAUUUAAAUUUAUAGAGUCUUUACAUCAAACGAUUGAAGAGGCAAAUUUGAAAAAUGCCAGUAUUUUAUUAGAAAAGGAUUAGGUUUAUUUAAGUUUGUAAUUUAAUCCAUCAAUCAACCUCGGGAAUUUCUCCACCGGGGGCAAAUCUGAAAUUAUUAAUGGUGUUUCUGUUGCUGUAGAUAGUCCUAGAAGUUGUGUGUAUUUAUCCCGUAAUUCUUUUUGUUCAGGUGAUUGUUCCUCGUAUUCGGCGUCUUCGUCGUCAUAAUCUUCCAGUUCGUCAUCAUCCUCGAUUACUUCUUCUUCAAUUAUACUUCUAUGGUGACCGUUAGCAGGAACAGUACUACUUCUUCCUUUCAUAGAGAUACUUCGUUUCAAAAGCCAAAGAUCUUGUUCAAUAUCAUUAGGAUCCAAACCAUCACAUGGUUUAAUUCUUUUAGCUACUUCGUCCUCCUGGUUCUUUAGUUUUCUCUUUAAUAAAGACCUGGUUUCAUCAAGUUUGUAAACAUGCCUAUUCUUAUCCUUUAUAUCUCUUCUUAUUGAUGUUAAUUCAAUCUUAUUCUUUUGAAUGAGCCUGGUGUCAAGAUUAACAUAAUCUGAAUCGUGGUUACCUUUAAAUGCAUCUAAUUCUCUUCUAGAGCUGGUGUUAAACGUCUUGACUAGUUCUUGCGGAGAUAAAACUGACCGAUAAUAGUAUUUGUUGUGAUUCUCCAUUACUCGCUGACUAUCCAAGUGAUGAUACUCCCUGUAUAACCGAUUCAAAUCAUCCAAUGUUUGUUGAGUCAAUUCUUGUUUUCGUUUAAUCAUAUUAGUGUAAUACUGCUUCCAAAUAACC